AAAUACAGAGAGAGAAAAAUAGAACCAGCGAUAGAGAGAUUCAGAGAUCGGAAAUGGCGACGAACAUCGGAAUGAUGGAUUCAGCUUAUUUCGUCGGCAGAUCUGAGAUCCUCGCCUGGAUCAACUCCACACUCCAGCUCAAUCUCUCCAAAGUCGAAGAGGCUUGUUCCGGUGCGGUUCAUUGUCAGCUUAUGGAUGCUGUUCACCCUGGGAUGGUGCCGAUGCACAAGGUCAACUUCGAUGCUAAGAACGAGUACGAGAUGAUCCAGAACUAUAAAGUCCUCCAAGACGUCUUCAACAAACUCAAGAUCACCAAGCACAUUGAAGUUAAUAAGCUCACCAAAGGAAGGCCGCUGGAUAAUUUGGAAUUCAUGCAAUGGAUGAAGAGAUACUGCGAUUCUGUAAAUGGAGGCUCCCUCCAUCACUACAAUCCAUUGGAAAGGAGGGAGGCUAGCAAGGGAGGAAAAGAAGUAAUCAAGAAAUCUGCAUCAUCACAAUCCUCAAUCAAGGGUGUAACAGGUGCCACCAGACCUCCAUCUUCCCACAAUGCUCGAAGGAAUGAUGUUGCUCCAGUAAAUCCAGCAAAUCCAUCAGGGAAGAGAUCCAAACCAUCUAGUCCGGUGACUACUGCUUACGAUGAGCAGAUUACUGAGCUGAAGCUGUCUGUGGAUAGUCUGGAGAAGGAGAGGGACUUCUACUUUUCAAAACUGAGAGAUAUUGAGAUUCUGUGCCAGACUGCUGAGAUUGAGCACUUACCUAUUGUUGAAGCAAUUAAAAGAAUCCUGUAUGCUACAGACAAUGAUGCAUCGGUAAUGACAGAAGCUCAAGCUAUGGUGUCAUCCUUUCAAGAGAAAGAAGCAGAUCACUCAUGUCCUAUUGUGGAACUAUCUGAAGAAAAACCAAUUUCUGAAACUCAGAAGAGGAAAGGCAUUCUCAAUAUCGAUAUUGAUGCUGAUGGCAUUUCUACAUUGUCUCCAAGGCAAAGGCUUUCCGAUGCUUCAGAUGUCCAUUGCAGUGGGUCACCUCUUAUGACUUACUGACUAUCUCAAGCCUUAGGAGGAUCCAUUCUUUGUUACUUCUUCGAUCUGACGAAACAGUUUUGUCAAAACUUUUGCUUAGAGCCCUGUAUGUUGUUGCUCUGAAUGCAUUCCAACAUGUUAAGGAUAGACUUGAAAUACUGUACUCUUCCUUAGUUCUUUACAGAUAUUGUUCCAUUUGUAUUGUCUAUUGGGUAGAUAUAAAUGUUCUCUUUACCU